CAUCGCAGUUACCAGAUGAGCACCUCGCUUCUUAGCCACAAAUAAAACAAAAGGGAAAUAAAUUGAAAGGGUCACAGUUAAGCUUAUGUUACUUAUUUAAAAUAUGGUAUGGUAAGGUGUAGGGGUAUUAAUAUGAGUUGAUGAGUUACACAAAGUAUAGAAACUAUGCACAGUACACUCUUAUCUCCAACUCAUUAUGUGUAAUGCAACACAAUAUAAAGCUCUCUCUAUAUAACUCUGAUCCCUGAGGGAGAGGGAAGACUUUGAUUCUCUUCAUUGUUUAAAACCAUUGAUUUUUUGUAAGUUAAGAGAAUCUUUUUCUUUUUUAUUUUUUGACAUGAAGAUCAAGGCCAACGCUUGCGAGCUUUGCAAUCAACAAGCUUCACUCUAUUGUCCUUCCGAUUCAGCUUUUCUCUGCUACGCCUGCGACGCCACCGUGCAUCGCGCCAACUUCCUCGUAGCUCGCCAUCUAUGCCACGUCAUCUGCUCCAAAUGCAACUGUUUCGCCGGAAUUCACACCUCCGCUACUGUAUCCCGCCGUCUUCCAUCUACCUGCCGCUCUUGCUCGCCGGAGAACCCUUCCGAUCAUGCCGAUUCCCUUCCUUCGUCUUCCUCUACCUGCGUCUCCAGCUCCGAGUCCUGCGCUACGGCGCCGAAGAGGGUUAAGGUCAGGCGCACGGCGGCAGAGAAGAUGAGGAGUUGUUCGAGUUCCGUGACCGACGAUGUAUCUCCGGCGGCGAAGAAGAGGCGGAGAAAUGUGGGAUCGGUGGCGGAGGAGGUGUUUGGAAAAUGGAGCAGAGAGUUAGGGUUAGGGUUAGGGGUGAAUGGAAAUCGCGUGGCGUCGCACGCUCUGAGUUUGUGCCUUGGAAGGUGGACGUUUCUUCCGUUCAGGGUGGCUGCUGCGACGUCGUUUUGGUUGGGCCUCAGAUUUUGUGGGGACACGUGCGUCGCCACGUUUCAGAAUCUGUCGAGGUUGGAGGCAAUCUCCGGAGUGCCAGCUAAGCUCAUUCUGGCCGCACACGCCAAGCUGACGCGUGUGUUCACGCACCACCGCGAAUUGCAAGAGGGAUGGGAUGAGUCCUCCUAAGCUCUACACUUUACUCCCAACCAAUACAUUGUAUGUGAGCCUAGUUUGAGUAGUUUCUAUUAAUUUUGUUGUUAUGGAUUAUGGAUAUCAAAACAGUGCCUUUAGCCAAAUGUGUGAAUUUCAGUUCUUAGUUUCAUUUCGUUUGCUUUUCCUAACUAGGAAUAGGCACUGCGAUGCCUAUUGAUUAAUCUAUUUUACUAAUUUUGUAACAAUUAGAUCAACAAAUUCAAAAAGAACUCAAAAUGUGUUCCAAGUAACAGCAAUGGAAAAAGAGAGAGCGCGGGAGGUGUUAACCCGUAAUGAAUUUAAUGUAUUUUUGUUCAAAUAAGUUACUAUUCAUUUUUUAUGGUAAUGCAUUUAUUGAUCUUUUUACGAAAUCACCAAGUGCGCUACGCAACUCAUAACUUGAAUAUUUGGUUAAGGUUUAACAAAUUUAUGUAUGAUUUGGUUGAUUAAUAAAAGAAGCAAAAUAACUCGGGAGAGAAACAUAGCUGAAUGAAAAAAAUUCGAAGGUUUGACAUGAAAGCCGAAUUGGACGAGUUCAAAUCAUUGUCAUGAUAGAUAAGACAACAAUGUCUACCACGUUUUUUUUGGACCGGGGGAGGGGGCAGGCAGGAUCAAUGGCUAGCACCCACUUCUACAUUUUUUUUGUAACUAUUCUAUAUAGUUAGGAAAGAGAUAUGAAGAAAAGAGAAAUUAAUGAACACAAAAUUUUGUGACACGGGUCUGGGGGCAUGAUGUUGCAUCUAAUAUAUUUGCUAUUCGUCACUAUGUUGUCUACCAGAUUUUUGUUUUAUCAGGCUAAAAUAUAACCAUUGAUGUUGCUGAUGCCCGCACGUCUCGUGCUAGUAAAUAAAAAGGGAUAUUGGUAGGUGCUACUUCUAAUCGAAAAACAAAUAUCUGAAUUCUGAGAACAGAUUUAAUCUUGGCUAUAGUUGAGGUUCAUUCAUUUGCUUCUGAACAGGCACCAACCAUAAUUGAUGUUCUAUUUCUUAGAUACUAACUCUGAGUACCAAAUUUUAAAACCACACGUCUGCUACCUUACUGCUUUUGGUCCCAACGUUGAACCCACAAUUUCUGCUGAGUAAUAACACACGGCAACAACCUCAAAAAACAAGCGGUCAAAUAAAGACUCAAUCAAAGAGGUUGAGCUACCACAAAAAGCAUGGUGUUUUCAGUCACUCGUAAUCAAGAACAGAUAUAAUAGAGAUAGAUGUGAGGUCUAAAUGUGCUUCUGAAAAGUGACACUUGAGAAGGGUCGA